CGCUCGGCUCCCCGGCUCCUCUCUCGCACCCCCGCCUCGCAAGCCACCCGCGUCUCCAUUCGCCCAGUCCGGCCGCUCCAGUCCGGAUCUCGCUGCCACCCGACCCGGGUGCGAGUUCCAGCAGCUGGGAAGGAGGCGGCAGCGGCUGGCCCCGGCUCCCUCGGCCGCCUCGUCAGCCCGAGGUUGGCGGGGGAGAGAGCGGCCCAGCAGCCCCGGGAGCCCCUCCGAGGACAAUGCACCCGGCGCUGGGCCACCCUCGCGCGCUCUCGUCCGCGCCCGCCUCCUUCCCGCUGCCCCCCGCCGCCGCCCGGCUGCAGCCCCUCUUCCUCCGGGGGGGCUCCUCCCGCGGCCGGAGAGGCUCGGGAGACAGCAGCACCAGCACCAGCACCAGCCGCGGUGGGGGCGGCGGCAGACGCGGCGGGGGCGGCGGCUCCCCUAGCAGCAGCACAGGCGCGGAGCGAGAGGACGACGACGAGAGCAUUAGCAUCAGCAAGCCACUGGUGCCCGCCGCCGCCGCCGCGCUCCCGGGGCCCCCGGCUCAAGGGGGCGCCCCGGUCUCCGCCACCGCGCCCGCCGCCGCCUCCUCCACUUCCACGCCCACCUCCUCCUGCAGCAUGACCGCCGUGGACUUUGGCGCGAGCGCCGCAACCGGGGCCGUCGGGGGUCCCGGGAGCCGCUCAGCGGCGGGCGCAGGCGGCACCGGGACGGGCGGAGGUGCCUCCUGCUGCUCCUGCUGCUGUUGCUGCUGCGGCCGCCCCUCCAGGCCCGGCCGCAGGGGUCGGCGCCACGGCUGCUUGCCGAGCCCGGGAUGCCGCUGGGGCUACCAGGCGCUGUCUGUGGUGCUGCUGCUGGCUCAGGGUGGUCUGCUGGACCUGUAUCUCAUCGCCGUCACCGACCUGUACUGGUGCUCUUGGAUCGCCACUGACCUGGUGGUGGUGGUGGGCUGGGCCAUCUUCUUCGCCAAGAACAGCCGGGGCCGUCGGGGCGGUCCAGCAAGCAGCGCGCACAACCACCAUCAGCUCCACCACCACUCGGCGCCGCCUCUGCACCUACCGACUGCGGCGUCCGCGGGGGCCGGGGCUAAGGCUCGCGGGGGCCGAGGAGGCUCGGGGGCCGGGCCAGGGCCGGCCGGGGCGGUGGGCGAGUUCGCCUUUGCUUACCUGGCCUGGCUCAUCUACUCCAUCGCCUUCACUCCUAAGGUUGUGCUCAUCCUGGGAACGUCUAUCCUGGACCUCAUCGAGCUGCGAGCGCCCUUUGGCACCACGGGCUUCCGCCUCACCAUGGCUCUGUCCGUGCCGCUGCUCUACAGCCUGGUGCGUGCCAUCAGCGAGGCGGGCGCGCCCCCGGGCUCGGCGGGUCCCUUGCUCCUGCAGCCACAGCAGCAUCGCGCUGCGGGCUGCUUCCUGGGCACGUGUCUGGACCUGCUGGACAGCUUCACGCUGGUGGAGCUGAUGCUGGACGGCCGUGUGCCGCUUCCCGCGCACCUGCGCUACCUGCUCAUCGCCGUCUACUUCCUCACGCUUGCCUCCCCAGUGCUCUGGCUGUACGAGCUGAACACCACCGCAGCAGCUCCGUCCUGGGGCCAGGCCUCCGGGCCUGGAAGCUGCAGCCGCCUUUUGCGCUUGCUGGGCGGCUGCCUGGUGGACGUGCCCUUGCUGGCGCUGCGCAGCCUCUUGGUCGUGAGCUACCAACAGCCGCUGUCCAUCUUCAUGCUCAAAAACCUCUUUUUCCUUGGCUGCCGAGGCCUGGAGGCCUUGGAAGGCUGCUGGGACCGAGGGAGUUGGGUUUCCCCAAGUCGGGCCAGAAGCAGCUAUGGUGCUCCUCCCUCUGCCCCCCCACCACCUCCACCACCGCCACCUCAGGGAGGGUCCCAGCGGGGCCACUUGGAAAAUGAAGGGGGUCCUCAUGGCUAUGUCAACACUCUAGCUGUGGCCUCUCAGAACUGAAAAAGGUGAAGGGCAGGGGCUCUGUUCUUGGCUUGAGAGUUUCCGGCCUCCUUGGCUGUGUUUAGAAAAGGUCACUGUUGAUAAGGCUGAUGGCCAGCGAAUUCUUCUGCACCCUAUGGGUGGAGACUACUUGGAGGGAGACCAGCAAUAUAUUGUGAGGGAGGAGGGUCCAUAUUCACCAUGGUCCUUCUCCAAAGUCUUGCCUGUUCUGACAUUCAAAGGACUGGAUGAAUGUGCCACCUGCUCUUCUUGCCUUCGUUCUGUGGGGGAGACUGGAGGAAGGGGGUGUUCAGGCAGGGAUGGUAGGCUUCGGUAGAUGAAGUGUGUGUGUGCGUGCGUGCAUGCGUGUGUGUGUGUGUGUGUGUGUGUGUGUGUGUGGUGUUUCUCUGGAUGUCUGUCCCAUGCCCCUUGCAGUGGGAAGGCGAUCUAGGGAGGUCUUGCUGCCCCCCCCCACAUGCCACCUGGGAUAUGACCGGGAUGCCCAGGAGUUGUUCAGUUGCCACACUCCAAGGGAGAAGCUCACCCAGGGUCGUCCUCACUCCUGCUCCUGUUCUCAGCUUGGGGAGGAGAGGGUCUCUGCUGUGAGGACCCAGCGAUGCCCUUUCUUGGGUGAGUGUGUAUUUCUACCUCUGUGCUUUCGAUUUUCAUCCCAUCACACAUUGAUGCUGCUCGCGAAAACAAAACAAAAUCCACUCAGAAGUUGCAUUCAACAUGGACACUGAAUCCCUUUGGGGUUUGGUACCAGAUAUUACAGGGUCUGUGGAGUAUCAGCCAUUGGCUCGCUCUUUCGGUUCCUCCUUUGGCACCAGAAUUCUUAUCCUGCCUCUGUUGGUACUGGCUGGGUUGGAACUGGGUUCAGAGCGCCUGCUUUACUGGGUCAAAGGUGUGUGAGGUCUUAGGGACCCUCCGGGACGCCACCUGCUCUUUUGGAGAGCUCGGCAUAGAGCGGAGAGGGCGGUGACCUUUCUUCUCUCCUCUGCUCAGGUCUCCUCAGGGAGAAGUCUUGCUGCGGGACCCUCCUGGCCCAGCUUUCUCCCACGGGGCCCUCACGGUGAAGCUCUCCUUAGGGCUGUCCUUCAAGGAAAGUCAGGGUUGGUUACUCUAGUCUUGACAGGGGAUGUUACCCUUGGAAUCUCUAAUGCAGGAUAAGGGUUCUGAGGGGAGUCAAGGGUCAGAAGCCUAGGGAGCAAGGUCAGGAUAUAAUCACCCCCACAGCGGAUUGGGUGUGUGUGGGGGAACCUGAAGAAUCUUGGUUCCCCUCCCCUUUGUUUUGGGAGUUUUGUGUGGUGUAAUGAACCUAGACAAGGGGCUGUGAUCUGUUCUGCCUGUCAUUUGCUAGAUUUGAAUGCUAUGUUCUUUUUAUUUUCUAGGCCCCAGUUACCUUUCUUUCUCUCCCUCUUCCUUUCUUUCUUUUUUUUGUCUUUCGAGACAGGGUUUCUCUGUACCACGGUCCUGGAUGUCCUGGAACUCACUUUGUAGACCAGGCUGGCCUCGAUCUAAUUCACAGAGACCCACCUGCCUCUGCCUCCCGAGUGCUGGGAUUAAAGGCAUGCACCACCAUGCCCAGCUUCAGUUACCUUUCUAGGAUGAUAUUCUUUGAGUUUGGAACUUGAAAGCUCUGGGCAUAGUUUUGCCAUUGGAGGCAGACUUGAGAUGAGCUAUCCAGGGUGGACUUGAGGACAGUCCUCCUCCUGCCUUGCAUCUGGUCUUGGGGGAGCUGAAGGGAGGUUAGCA